AUGGCCUUGUAUGAAUGCAGUCUUCAAGGACUUGUCGCAGACAAUGAUUUAAAAACAGCCGUGGUUCAACGCCUCGUCGGUAUCUGCGGCGUAGACUCGAUGGUGGAUCUUUUCGAACACGACAUUGUUUUUACCCCCACAGUACAAACUCCAGUAGGUCCAGCGAGGAAUGAUGAUGUUGUCCUUCGUCUUCAGUCGAGAAUUACAACCGAACAAGAUAAAAGCCUAAAACAUCGCCAAUGGUAUCUAUCCAUGCAAGGCCAUCCUGAACCCCAGCGCGGAAGGAAUGUUACUGUGCGACCCAAUACCCGUGUACAGCUAGGAGGCGACGCUUUUCGAUUCAUGAAAUCUUUAGGAUACAGGUAUAACGUAACGAUAGUACUACUAGAGAGUCAAACUUACUCAACCCAUACCAGCUAUUCUUUUGAAGUUGUACGGAAAGGUCAUUUGCUAGCUUAUGAAAAGAUUCUGAGAAUCACAGUGACUCAACUGUACAAGGUGAAUAUCUAA